AAAAUGUAUAGUUACCUUUGAAGUCUCAAACGCGCUACACGUUAUCAAAAAUAUGAAGUUCCUCAUUGUCUUCGUUGCUCUUUUCGCCGUGGCUUUGGCUGCCCCAACUGGACAGGAAGCUCAAAUCGUUCGCUCGGAAUCCGAGGUUGGACCCGAAAGCUUCAAAUAUGCUUCGGAAACAAGUGAUGGAACCGACAUCCAAUCUCAAGGUGAACUUAAGCAAAUUGAACAGGAGCUGGCUCUUGUCAUUAAGGGAAGCUAUAAAUGGGUUGACACUGACGGUCAAACUCAUCUGAUCAACUAUAUUGCCGAUGAAAAUGGAUACCAGCCACAGGGCGCAGAUAUUCCCGUUGCCCCCGUUGUUUAAAUAUAAACUUUAAAUUAAGAAUAAAUGGAUUGUUGAACAAA